AAUGCCAUGAUUGCCGGGCUGGCUCACUUCGAGCUCGACGAGGAGGGACUCGAGUGCUUCCUGAGGUCGAGGAGGGAGGGCCUGCGUCCCGAUGAGUUUGGUUUGGGGAGCACCUUGCGAUGCUGCGCCGGAUUGAAGGAUGCAGGUUCUGGUCGCCAAAUCCAUGCCUUCGUGGUUAUCAAUGGGUUUGAGCAGGACAUGUGUGUUGGGAGCUCUCUAGCUCACAUGUACAUGAGAAGUGGUCAUCUUGAAGAAGGAGAAAGGGUUCUGAGAGGAUUGCCUUUCCUCAAUGUGGUCUCUUGCCAUACUGUGAUUGCAGGAAGAGCACAAAAUGGGGACCCUGAAGGGGCCUUCCACCAUUUCAUCCUCAUGAAGAAUGUCGGAUUGUUGCCAGACCAUGUAACCUUUAUUUCUUUAAUGGAGAAGUUAAUAUACAAUCUUUGACACCGAAAGCGAAGUUGCUAUUUUUAUGCCUCUGAAUCCAGGAAAUUAGAAGA